CUUCCAGAUGUUCAUGAGAGCCCAGUUUGACUACGACCCCAGAAAGGACCACCUGAUCCCUUGCAAGGAGGCCGGCCUGAAGUUCCAAACAGGAGAGGUCAUCGAGAUCAUCAACAAAGACGACAGCAACUGGUGGCAGGGCCGGCUGGCGGAUUCCUCCAGUGGAUCAGCUGGACUCAUCCCCUCCUUGGAGAUGCAAGAAUGGCGUGUUGCAAGCACGACCCAAGGCAACCCCGGCCAGGCCCAGAACUGCAGCCCUUUCGGCAAGAAGAAGAAAUGCAAAGACAAGUACCUGGCCAAGCACAGUUCAAUUUUUGACCAGCUGGAUGUUGUGUCGUAUGAAGAGGUGGUAAGACUUCCAGCUUUCAAGCGGAAGACCCUGGUGCUAAUAGGGGCCAGUGGGGUUGGCCGGAGCCACAUUAAGAACACCCUGCUCAGCAAGAAUCCUGAGAAGUUCGGAUACCCUCUACCAUAUACCACUCGGCCCCAGAAGAAGAAUGAGGUGGACGGGAAAGACUACCACUUUGUUUCCACGGAGGAGAUGACUAAAGACAUCUCAGCCAAUGAGUUCCUGGAGUUUGGGAGUUACCAGGGCAACAUGUUCGGCACCAAAUUUGAAUCUGUGCACAAGAUCCACGAACAAGACAAAAUUGCCAUUCUGGACAUUGAGCCACAGACUUUAAAGAUCAUCCGCACGGCUGAGUUCUCACCUUUCAUCGUGUUCAUUGCUCCCACAGACAAGGAUCAGUCGGAAGCUUUGCAGCAGCUGCGGAAGGAUUCGGAGGCGAUCCGGAGCAGAUAUGCUCACUACUUUGACCUGUCGCUGGUAAACAACGAUGUGGACGAGAGCCUCCAGCAACUCCAAGCGGCCUUUGAACGGGCGUGCAGCUCAACCCAGUGGGUUCCUGUUUCUUGGGUGUACUGAGCUGCUUUGGAACUGGUGGCUGUUCCCAGGAACCCCUUCAGUACAGCAUGUCAGAGACGAGGACCACCACCGCCCCGCCCUCCUCCUCCACCCACAGCCCCUUCGCCUUUCCCUCAGAGCACCUCUUGCUCGGUAACUGCCAAGGCAAGAGUUUGAUCUUCUUCUGUAAGCCUCAGCAGCUACAAACACCUACAGAGAGGUAAAUCUGUCUUUGUGGCCUGCAUGGAACCGUGUAAGCCCCGCACUCUUGUAGCUCACAGGUAAUGGUGCAGCAGGAGGCAAGGAAAGCAAGGGAGGGAACAUCUUUCACGAGGCACGACCACCAAGGUGUCACCACAAGCAACACUAAGAGCACAACUGGGUCUGAAAGCCAUAAGCUGCAAAGGUCCUUCUUGUCAUACAGCCAUACGAAAUCAGUUUCUCCCAACAGAGCACCACUGGUUGCAUUUGGGAAUCAUUUUACACUUAACUGGACUUUGGGAUGGCGGGGGAGGCAAGCAGUCGUACUCCUGUACCGGUUGGGAGAUCUGUUGUCAGAGGCAGGUGGGGAAGAACAGGGGCUUGGGCCACAGAACAGAGGUCACCAAAUUUUAAGCUAGGGUCAGGUAACAACCACUAGCCAGGCUACAAGGUGACCCUUUCAGUUUCCCGAUGCUCAGCUCUGUGAACAGGUAACCGCAGCAUGCUCUCCUAAGGCGGGCAAAAACAUUGUGGCAUUUUAACAGCUAAGGUUUGUUAAAAGAUAAACUCAGUGUGUCCAGCUGAAGCUUAUCUUUCAAUGAAUGUUAGCCUUUAAGGUACCUACAAAGCGAAUGGGACCCCCUCCCCACCCCCCAAUCUCUGCCUUUACCAAGAUUAUGAAUGUAGAGCUUGUUACAGUCUCCCCUUCAUCUGCCAACCAGAGCUUUGGAUGGUACAGCCAUUGUCAAAGGGAUCUAACUUUAACUUUAAGGUGGUUGCUCACUUUUCAUCUUGAGAAACCAUUUUGAUGUGUACUCUCUCCCUGGAUUCUUCUCGAGAACGGAAUGCCAAAAAGAAAAGUCGAAGAAGUGCAAUAGAGACCUUUGGUCAAGUCCAUUACAGGGAAAAACAACGAGCAGCAAUAAAGCAUCUGAAAAGUA